ACCAUCACUAUCAAAAUAUGUUCAUCAGAGCAGCUUCACGUAUCUCAACCACCAGCGCCAGAAACUUCAGCGCUUCAGCUUACGCUUCAAAGGACCUCGUUCAAGAGCUCUACCUCUCACAACUGAAGUCAUACAAGGCACCACCAAAAGCUGCAGAUGCUCACGUCGGUCAUGUAAAAACAUUCAAGCAGCCAGAAACCCCAGCAGCACCAUCUGUACCAACCGAUUUGGCUACUGAAUUGAGCUCAUACGAGGCUGCUCAACCAACUUUCAACCAGCCAACUUCCACCCCGGCCGAAUCAGCAAACGCAGGUGAAAACGCAGAAGAAUUCCUUGCCUUCCUUGAAGCUGACCUUCCAAAGCCAGAGGCUCACCACUAAAUUUGGACUUUUUGAUGGAUAUUAGGUUGAAUUUGUAGAAAGUAAUACAAAAGAUUAACAAAUUUAUU